AUGAGUACACAACGCACCUGCCCAAGUAAGAUUACAAACUUUCCCAUUUCAUCGUCCCAAACCUCUGUCUACAUCUACGAUAUUGGUAAAGGUGGAUCUGGUGACUGCUCCUGCCUUUCGGAUGAAUACUACACGGACGGGAGAGAAAGCCCAUAUAGGUCCCAACAAUCCCAUUCCUGUCGCCAGCCAGAAGGCGCCCGUCUAGCCUACUCGACGACAGGCUCCGAGUUCGAGUUCGAUUCCCAGCAAGUGCACCAAGAGAUGUAG